UCCUUCCGAAGUGAAGGAAUGUUGUUUUCAGCUGUUAAGUUGUUGGCAAACUUUGCGACGGAAGCCUCUGCGGAUGUAGGGACGACGCCGAAGAAGGCCGAACUGUCGCAGCGUUGUAGUGAUGUCCACAGAGGGAGGUGUACGGUGGUUGAGUCGGAGAAGCUGCGAGGACGUGUACCGAAGAGCCGUGGUCGUGUGGGGAUUAGCGGUGGAUGGGAAUGGCCGUAGAGAGGCCAGCAGUAGGGCUGCGAACAGCCACCGCAUAGCAGCUGACAAGCUGGACGUGUGCCCCGGAGACGUUCAGGCCGGCGACCGCAGAUGAUGAGAUGCCAGGACGGGCGACAGUCAACUCGGUGUGUGGUCACAACAGGGAAAAAAAACAUGCCGUGACAAGCGAUGACCAGGCAAGGGUGCAGUCCAGAACUGAAGCAGCACCAGAAACCACCAGAACCAGGUUCUUUUAAAGGCAUGUGUAAGCAGAUAGAUCACUUCCCUGAGGAUGCUGACUAUGAGGCAGAUGCUUCUGAGUACUUCCUACGCGCAGUACGAGCCUCCAGUAUCUUCCCCAUCCUGAGUGUGAUCCUGCUCUUCAUGGGGGGGCUGUGCAUCGCCGCCAGCGAGUUUUACAAGUCACGCCACAACAUCAUCCUCAGCGCUGGCAUCCUCUUUGUCUCCGCAGGCCUGAGCAACAUCAUAGGAAUCAUUGUGUACAUAUCAGCCAACGCUGGGGACCCUUCCAAGAGCGACUCCAAGAAGAACAGCUACUCCUAUGGCUGGUCCUUCUACUUCGGAGCCCUCUCCUUCAUCAUGGCCGAAAUGGUGGGCGUGCUGGCUGUGCACAUGUUCAUUGACCGCCAUAGGGAGCUGCGAGUGGGGGCACGAGCCGCUGACUACCUCCAAGGUGCAGCCAUAACACGCAUCCCCAGCUACCGCUACCGUUAUCGACGUCGCUCGCGCUCUUCGUCCCGCUCCACUGAUCCCUCGCACUCCCGCGAGGCAUCGCCAGUGGGCCUGAAGGCCUUCGGGACGCUGCCCUCCACCGAGCUGUCCAUGUACACGCUGCCCAAGGGCCAAACGGGCACCCCAACAGCCACCUAUAACUCCACGGAGAGGGACCACAACUUCCUGCAGGUCCACAACUGCAUCCAGAAGGACCUGAAAGACUCAGGCGGCCACAGCAACACCGCCAACCGACGCACCACACCUGUAUGAAACUGAUAGCGGGCCCUCGGACACAAAAAAAAAUAUCAGAGGGAAUUUGGGGGGAGGCGGCAAAAGACAGAACAUGGCGUAAGGAGAUGGAAAGAGAAAAAGAAGGGGGCGUGAAUGGAUUGAUGGAGUGGAGGAGUAAGCAACAGAAAGGAAGAUCUGAGCGCUCCACAGCACCUCAGAUGAUCACUGAGUUUAAAAAAAAAAUGGAAACAGAAAAAAAUGCAUAAAAAAAGAAACAUGCAUGAUUUUCCCAUCUACCAUUGUUUAACGAGUUUUGAACAUGUUUAUAAAGAUAAAGAGGGGGAGG